AAAAAGAAAACAUCAUUCACACUUUACACACUACAGAGGUAGAAAUUACCACAAUAAAUGUGUUUUUAAGGUUAGAAAAUGUUUAUAAAAAAUAAAUAAGCAGGACUGGUACGUUUUAUUUCUUCUUAUGAACACACUUCAGCUGUUAAUGAAAAAAAACUAUGGUUUAGGGUCUAGUGGCUCUUUAAGUUUUGAUUGCGGAGCGGAAGCGGGACUUUUAUUUUGAUUUUGGUUACCCGGAUGUAACUUCUCGCGCCACUGUUACCAGUGUUAUCUGUGUGUUGUGUGUAGAGGCGAGCAAUGCUGCGGUUGACUGCAGCUGUUUGUGAUCGAUCUGGUUAACGGAUUAAUUUAUCGGGUCUUUAAUCGAUUAGCGGACUGAUCGGCGGGACUGAUGUCUGUGCCGGCGCUGCACGCGCACCUGGCGGCGGUGGUGGAGGCGCUGAUCCGCGCGGCGGUGGCGGAGAUGAGCGCACUGCUGUUGCUGCGGGACAAGCACAAGAGCACGAGCGCCACCACAACAACAAGAACACAAACAACAACAACAACAGAAAAAGACACAGAACCGACACAGAGAGCAGCGCUGUUACUGCAGGGGGAGAACGAGCAGAGACUGAAGAAGUUCGCGUCAGUCAUGGAAGUCCUGGGCAAUGAGGCUCUAGGUAAGAUCAUCAAGCUUGUGGAUGAGACCAAGUUUCUGCUGGAACUAGAGUGCAAGACUUUUUCAGGAAAGAGAGCACAGCACCCGGGGAGCAUCCUGAACAUCCUCUCAGUGGGAGAGCUGGAGGAGGAACAUUCCUAUGAUGGAUGUGGAAGAAGCUCGGAGACGAGAAUGCAAGAUGAGUCUGCAGACACAGAUGAGCCUCAGCAACCAGACUCUCCAUUAACCCUGGCAGUGACCAUCAAAGAUGAAUUUGGAAACAUUGACCUGAAGUCCAUCAUAGCAGGUCAUUUGGAGCUGACUUCCACAGAAGGUCGAACAACAGAAGAGGGCAACGAAGCUGAUCAAGACAUUGGGAGCUUUGGAGGACGUAGAGCUUACAUAUGUUCAGAGUGUGGGCGAAGUUUCUCCACAGUGAGCAACCUCAAAUCCCACCAGCGCAUCCACACAGGUGAAAAACCCUUCGGCUGCGUGCUCUGCGGCAAGGCCUUCGCCCACAAGCAGAGCCUGGUGGACCACCACCGCGUGCACUCUGGGGAUAAGCCCUUCAUCUGCAAAGUGUGCGGCAAGUGCUUCGGCAAGGCGGCGCACCUGAAGACGCAUGAGAUCAUCCACACGGACGAGAAGCCGUUCAGCUGCGACAAGUGCGGCAAAAAGUUCAACAUUGCUCAGAACCUGGCGAGGCACCAGCUGACGCACACGGGCCAAAAGAGCUUUGUCUGCUCCAGUUGCGGGAAGAGCUUCACGCGGGCCAAGACGCUCAUCACGCACAAGCUGAUCCACACGGGCCAGAAGCCCCACACCUGCAUAGUGUGCGGCAAGUCCUUCCGGCACGCUGUAAACCUGCGCAACCACGAGCGGAUCCACACCGACUUACGACCGUACCCCUGCGACCUCUGCGGCAAGACCUUCCGGCAGGCGGUCAACCUCAAGAUCCACAAGCGCAUUCACACCGGUGAGAAGCCCUUCACCUGCAAGGAGUGCGGUAAGAGCUUCAGCCAGCAGAGCAGCCUCAUCUCGCACGGCCGCACGCACUCGGACCUAAAGCCCUUUGGCUGUCGGUACUGUGAAAAGUGGUUCAACAACUCCAACAGCCUGAAGCUCCACGAGAGGAUCCACACGGGCGAGAAGCCGUAUAACUGCGAGUCCUGCGGCAAGUCCUUCAGCCAGGGGAGCCAUCUGCGGACGCACAAGCGGCAUGUGCACGGAGGGGGCAAACAGUAUAUAUGCGACAAGUGUGGAAAGCGCUAUGCAGACCCGCGCAACCUGAAGCUACACAAGUGUGUGUAUGCUUGAGUACAACUCGGACUCAGGACUCAGGACUUUUUAAAGGGGAAUUCCACAAUAUUGUUAAAAUCUGCUGCAUUAUUCAGUGUUUAAAAGGUGGUUUGAUUUAUUAUUAAGAAAUGUGCCAACUCUGUUUUUUUUUUUUUUUUUUCAUAUGAAAUGGGUGUUGAUUGACACAAAUAUGACCUUUUUUAUUUAAUAUCCAAUCCCACCAGUCAAGCAAUUAGUCUUUUCAGUUCUAUAAGGAAUGUUGAUAAUGGUAGAAUUGUUGCAAAUCAGUUGCAAUUGCAAAAAAUAGGCUAUAAAAUAAGUUUUGCCUCCCAUUUUUAUGAAUGUAUCUCUCUACCAUGAAUUACAAGUUAUACAUGAGUUGCGAAUACAGUAAUAUACCUAUUUAAAAUUCUUAUUUUCAGAAAUAUGGUUGCACAAUGCACAUUAUUUGCAGAUUAAUCUUGCUCUUUUGUCUUUAAACUCCCACCGUUUUUGAGAUAUUGAUACUGUUCCAAGUCCAGAUUGAAACACACAUUAAACCAACCAGUAACCACCUAGUAUGCAAUAGAAAACCUCCUAUCAGGAUCUUAGCAACCAAUACCUUUUUUAGCCACCAUCUAGCAACAGUUUAGCAUCCAACAGCUACACCAUAGCAGCAUUUAGAAACUGCUUAGCAACCAACCCGUUACAAUAGAUUAACAUCUCAGCAACCAACAGCUUCACCAUAGCAACAUCUCAGUAACCAGUAGAGUUUUCUCAGAAUUCUAGUAAAACAGUGUUUCAGGUAGUAUAUUUAUAUCAAAGUUUAAUGUUAUGAGUUUCUGCCAUGAUGUUUUUUACACCAAUUCAACUUUCCUCACAUCUUAAUCACUUAAUUAUAUGAAUUUUACAAUUUUAAAACAAUAGUGGAAUUCCUCUUUCCGGGAAAAAAAACCUUGCAAAAAAAAAGAGUUCUUGCAGCAGUGCCAUAAAAGAACCAUUUUUGAUUCCUUAAAAAAAAAACAUAAUAAUAUAAAAAACAAGCUAAAGCUCCUAAAGGUUUAAAGAAACUUCACUGAGUGUGGCUUACCAGGCAUCAGUAUUGGAUAAACAGAUUAUAUUAUUGUAUCUGCCAGUUUGCCCCACCCAUUUCACACUGAUGUGUGUUUCAGCCUAUGCUGCAGGUUUAGUUAGCCAGUCAAAACAUUUGUUGUGAAAAAACAAAAUUAUAACUGUUUUUGUUUCAUAACCCCAAACGUCAAAAGCACAAUUCCAAUGCUAUCCCACAAAAUGAAUUUAAGGGUUCUAUAUACAUUAUGUAUACAUUUUUUUAACAUUCAUACGUCAUUAUCUAAAGAAUCAAUCACCAACCGUCAAUUAAAAGUUUUUUUUUUUUUUUUAAGUUAUCAGAAGUGGUUCUUUUUCUGUGAGAGUGUUGCUGCCUCGGACUCAAGUUUUCCAUGAUGGUGAUAAUGCUGUAGCAUUCUGCACUAGCGCGGAUACUCCUCAAUCCAGAAACACAGAAAUUUGUGAAUUUCUGACAGACAUUAACAGAACUUAGAAUUAACAGAAGAUGUGCACAAUCUACAUAAAUGCUAUUUUUUAAGAUGUUUCUGAUUUUACUCUUUGCCUGAACCACCCAAAGAACUAUUUUUGCUGUAGGAAAAUAAGGCUGAAGAUGAACACAGUACCUGCUAUGAACCUCCAAACACUGGGCCAUCUGGAAAAUGCAGCACAAUAGACUGGUGCCUGCCUGUGGUGAUGGAUUUUUUGAGGCCAAAGCAAAGCUUUUGUAACAAAAUACAAAGCUGUUAAACUCUGCUCACAUGUUCUCUCUUCGCUAAAACAAUGUAAAAGAUUGAGGAAUACCUCCCUCCUCAGGCUGAUUAUAGCUGUUUGAGGUUCACACUAGUUGUGCUUCCCAGUGGCUCUCGCUGUUUCUUGAUUUUGAAAUAAAAAUGAUAUGCUGUUG